AUGGACUGUAACAUCUUUGAGCCCAUCGACCUGAGCGCAUGCACUCUUGCACUUCACAUCUUCCAGCUGAAUGAAGAAGGCCCCAGCAGUGAAAAUUUGGAGGAAGAGGCAGAAAAUAUAAUUGCGGCAAAUCACUGGGUUCUGCCUGCAGCGGAAUUCCAUGGGCUUUGGGACAGCCUUGUGUAUGAUGUGGAAGUCAAGUCACACCUCCUUGAUUAUGUGAUGACAACCUUACUGUUUUCAGACAAGAAUGUCAACAGCAAUCUCAUCACCUGGAACCGGGUGGUGCUGCUACACGGUCCUCCAGGAACUGGAAAAACAUCCCUGUGUAAAGCAUUAGCCCAGAAAUUGGCCAUUAGACUUUCAAGCAGGUACCGCUAUGGCCAACUAAUUGAAAUUAACAGCCACAGCCUUUUUUCUAAGUGGUUUUCAGAAAGUGGCAAGCUGGUGACUAAGAUGUUCCAGAAGAUUCAGGAUUUGAUCAAUGAUAAAGACGCCCUGGUGUUUGUGCUGAUUGAUGAGGUGGAGAGUCUCACAGCUGCCCGCAGUGCCUGCAGGGCGGGUGCUGAGCCGUCCGAUGCCAUCCGUGUGGUCAAUGCCGUCUUGACCCAAAUCGAUCAGAUUAAAAGGCAUUCCAAUGUGGUGAUUCUGACCACAUCCAACAUCACAGAGAAGAUUGACGUGGCCUUCGUGGACAGGGCUGAUAUCAAGCAGUACAUCGGGCCACCCUCGGCAGCUGCCAUCUUCAGGAUCUACCUCUCCUGCUUGGAAGAGCUGAUGAAGUGUCAGAUCAUAUACCCUCGCCAGCAGCUGCUGACCCUCCGGGAGCUGGAGAUGAUCGGCUUCCUUGAGAACAACGUGUCAAAAUUGAGCCUCCUUUUGAGUGAAAUUUCAAGGAAGAGUGAAGGCCUCAGCGGCCGGGUCCUGAGGAAGCUCCCUUUCCUGGCUCAUGCGCUGUACAUCCAGGCCCCCACUGUCACCAUCGAGGGGUUCCUGCAGGCCUUGUCUCUGGCAGUGGACAAGCAGUUUGAAGAGAGGAAGAAACUUUCGGCUUACAUCUGAUCCUGGGCUUCCCCACUGGCCACUUUCUAAUGAGGAGCGGCCUGACUGGUGCUGCCCAGUGAUCCGCACAGCAUCGCUGAGGUCUGCAAGCUCAAACCCAUGCAGCAGGGCUUUGUGAAAAGAAGUGUGUAAUAUUUACAUUACUUUAAACUGCAUAUUAGAAGACAAACAGCCUGUUGUUUUUGCUGUUUUUAAAUGAUAAUUCAAAUUCUGUUUGUCUCUUUGUGAACAACUGCCUGGGUAUGUUUUUUCCAGUCGAUCAGACACAAUGCUAAAUUUUGUUUUUUUUAAAAAGGAAGGUUAAUAUAGGAAUUAUAGAAACAACAGAGAAACCGUAUUACUCUGAAUAACAUGUCAUCACAGCAUUAAAAGCACACAGAUUCCUCAAGCUGGAGGUGGUGAUGGCUUUCUGAUGCGAGCUUGUUUAUUUAGUCUGGGAAUGUUCUGGAGGCUGUUUAAAGGAUGAGAAAAACCUAUUCCUAUGUUACAGAAAUUGAGAAGGAAUUCUAGGUGAAGUUUUCUUCGGUGAUAAUCAGGCAGGUCCUUUCUGCAGGGACAGGGCAAACCCUCAUGUUGGAGUGAACCGUGGCGGGCGGCACGGCCACGCUGGGUGCUUCUUGCUCCUGCAGCUCGUGGUGUGUGUUCAGUAACUGCUCACGUCUCGAGUGAAGAUCCACAUCUACAGAAUGUGGAAUAAGUGGGUUAGUCAUUGGUGUGUUCCACAGGGUAUUACAUUUGCUUUUAUCUCAUGCUGAGAUAAAUUUCCUGUUAGUGUUCUGUGCGUGAAGUCCACCCUGUGUUACCUUUUGUUGUAGAACUCUUUGAAUAUUAAAUUUUCCUUCAGAAUUU